GAUUUCAAGCGCCGCUGUUUCUUGCAAAAAGUAGAAGUUAUUCAGCAGAUACAGGCAGCGCAGUUUUCCUUGGCUCUUGAGCGGGAAGAGAAUGAAGACAACCGGCAGACAUUUCUCUGGUACAAGAAACUCUUGGAUGAAGAAGACGCGAGAUUGCAGGAAAGCUGGGACAAUUUCUGGUUUAACGUGGAGCGUCAACGCGAGAUGGAGGAACGCAAGAGGGCCAGGGACAAGAAGAAGAGAGAGGAGGCAGCGCAGCGGAGGGUCGCAGAGAAAAAAAGAAUCAGACGACUGGCGGUGGAAAGGGUUCUCACUGAGGCGAAACGGAGGAUACAUGAAGAGCGACAACGCCGAGAAAACGAUGGAGAAAACGAUGGGAAAAGGGAUGGAGAAAGAGAAUCGGAAGAAGAACAGGAAACGGAAGAUGACCUGGCCAACCCUACACCUAGCUCGACAACCCUCGAAGACGACAGGGGAGCGCUUGACGAAGAAUACCGGAUUGCCACCGACGAGGAGAUUGUGGAAGCCCAGACCGCUGUUCGCAGUCAGAAUUUACUGGCCACCCGAUCAGAUAUCAAGGCCCACCUAGACAAGAUGGGGCUCAGGGCGUCUGAGAAACGGCUGAAGAGGCUGACGUACUCGGGGGAGGUGGCCCUCAGGACGGACAGGUUGCUUCGGGAAAACAUCGCACGCCAAAAGGGCGAGAUGAACGGCGUGGUUCGGCGCGUGACCGACCUGGCGAACGAGAACGCUUGGUUCAAGAUAAAGAUCCUGCGUUUGCACCUGGGCUUUCAGGAGGAAGAAAUUGAGGCGGCGAGGCAAAGGGGCGACGGCAAGACGGUGGAAGAUCUCGAGGUGCUCAAGGUAUUCACCGCUGCAGAAGUCGAACACGCAGAGAUGAUGUCGUCUGGAACCGCUCCCCUCGGACGUGGAAUCAUCCAGCUGGUACCGAUGUUCGACAAGGAUGCAGAGAAGGGGGCCGUCGGCUGGGCGCUGGGGGCGCAGGACCGGCCGGACCUGGAACUCCUGAUCAAAAAGAGACUCCGUUGGAUAAAGACGACAACCGAAUCAUGUUAUAUCGACUGAUGACCAG